AUGGCAGCACCAGCAGCAUCAGUCGACUAUCUCUCAGACGCUAAGAGUUCAAAUGAAGAUAAUGACUCCUAUGAUGAAUCUUUGGAGAUGGAUGCUGAAAGCCAAGGUGUAAUGCCUUCUUCAUUUUCUUUAAUCCCUAAAAGUCCUCCCUCAGAGGACAUGAUGCAUGAUCACCACCUUAUACUAGAAGUUUUUGCUCCUAUUGUACCUGAUGUUCCACGAGCUAGUUGUAUUUCGCCUCUCUCUGUGUUAGAUAACAAUUGGUCUGAUUCUGUAUUUACUGCAAAUGAUCUUAAUCUGUCUAGGGAAGGAAGUGUUCAAUCAGGUAUAAACAACAGGGGAUUCUGUAUGCACAUCUCCUCCUCUGAUGAAUCUGUUAGUCUAGACAAGAAGUAUAGGAAUAGCCUUAAGGUCAAAUGUAACAGGAUCAAGAAAGGAAGGAAGCAGAGAUUCUCUCAGGAUCUGCCAAAAUCAGUGUCAACAGAUGAUGACUCUGCAAUGCAGUCGGGUGACAAAGACAAUUGCUUUAUGAAGAUCAAAAGAGUUGUUCUCUGA